AUGGGAGGUGAGAAUGAUACUCUGGUUUCAGAAUUUCUACUUCUGGGAUUAUCAGAGGAACCAGAACUGCAGCCCCUCAUAUUUGGGCUUUUCCUCUCCAUGUACCUGAUCACUGUGCUUGGAAACCUGCUCAUCAUCCUGGCUGUCAGCUCAGACUCCCACCUCCACACACCCAUGUACUUUUUCCUCUGCAACCUGUCCUUGGUAGACAUCUGUUUCACCUCCACCACCGUCCCAAAGAUGCUGGUGAACAUCCAGUCACAGAACAAAGCCAUCACCUAUGAAGGCUGCAUCACACAGAUGUAUUUUUUUCUACUCUUUGGAGGACUGGAUGACUUCCUUCUAGCUGUGAUGGCCUAUGACAGGUAUGUGGCCAUCUGCCACCCCUUGCACUACAUGGUCAUCAUGAACUCCAGGCUCUGUGGACUGCUAGUCCUGGUGUCCUGGGGCAUGAGUGCCCUGAAUUCCUUGUUACAAAGUUUAAUUGUGUUGCCAUUGUCCUUCUGCACAAACUUGGAAAUCCCGCACUAUUUUUGUGAAUUCAAAUCGAUGCUUCAACUUGCCUGUUCUGACACCUUACUUAAUAACAUGGUGAUGUAUUUAGUAUCUGUGCUACUAGGUGGUGGUCCCCUUACUGGCAUAAUUUACUCAUACUCUAAGAUAGUGUCCUCCAUACGUGCAAUCUCAUCAGCUCAGGGGAAAUAUAAGGCAUUUUCUACAUGUGCCUCUCACCUCUCAGUUGUCUCCUUAUUUUAUGGUACAAUCCUAGGAGUGUACCUCAGCUCUGCUGUUACUCAAAGCUCAAAAUCAAGUUCAGUGGCCUCAGUGAUGUACACUGUGGUCACACCCAUGCUGAACCCCUUCAUCUACAGUCUCAGGAACAAAGACAUAAAGAGGGCCCUGAAAGGAUUCUAUGGGUUGUGA